AUGAUGGAUAAGUUUCAAUUAGAUAUAUUUAUCUCCAUUCUUAAGUGUUACCCAUCAUGUAAAUAUUGCACAGGACAAAAAUUUAAUUAAUGUACAAGUUGCUAUUAUGGAUUACCUACAAACAAUAUUUGUCCUCCCUGCCCAUCUAAUUAAUUUUAUGAGAAAGAUAAGGGAUGCAGAGAUAUUUGCAAUAUUUAAACUCCUUUAUACUCUAAUGGGUUUUGUUAAAAUUAUCCAAGUAUUUAAAUUUAAAUACAAUAGAUAGCUAUUCUAUAAAUUGGGUUUGGGUACAUUUCAAAUUCUGGGUUAAUAUAUAUGAUCCACUAAAUUUAGAUACAACUCCAACAAUUAUAUAAAAUUAAUUAUUAUUAGGAGUAUUUAAGUUUUAUUCUGGAUUCUCUUUAUUAUUUCAAUUAUUCUAAACCAAUUCCUAAGCAAUCUAUUCAAUUGGGCUUAGAAUUAGUGUUAUAACUCUUAAUGAUAUUCCACUCAAUUGUGGAAUAUAGUUUUUGAUUAAUAAUACUUAUUCAAGUUCAAUUUAUAGAAAUGAAUCAGGAAUUUAAACGCAUAGAAUAACAAUUUAUGAAACUAGUAGUUAAGGGGCAUAUUUAAAUUAUUCUUCAAAUAAGUUAUAUACUUUGAUUACAUACGUUAAUCUUCCAAACUAUCCUUUUCUUUUUUCAGCAAAAGGGAAUUAUUCGUAAUAGUUAAUAUAUUAUAAAUUAGUGAUAAUACAGCAGGAUGGGGAUUCAGGGAAGUUUCAAUUACUUCAGGAUAUUGCCCUUAAAAUUGUAUAUUAUGUGAGGUAUCAUUUAAAUGCUCAACUUGUAAAAGCGGAUAUUAUAUGCAUAACAAUAUUACAUGUACUAGUUGUUAAGAACCAUAUUAGAAAUUAAAGGGUUCUUACUGUAAUGAUUUUGAUAAUGAAACACCUUGUAUCUCAUUUAUAUAUAUAUAGACUCUUAAUAUUUAACAAAAGACUUUAUAGAUUUUGGACACGAUCCUGAAUAAUAUAUAUAAUAUAUACUAGUCUCUUAAAAUGGGACAAAUUUUUUAAAAGGUUCAGAUAUAUAUUAUUCAAAUUUGUAUUGGAGUUUGAACUCAUUUUGGUCAAGAAUUUUUGGAGGUCCUCUAAUAUGGGCUUAAGCUAAAUUUUAAAGGACUCAUAAUGUAGAUGACCCUCAUCAUGGUAUCACUAUUGCAUUUUAUAUACUUUAUGGACCAGCAUUUCCAUCAGAUGGUUUGUUUAUUUAUACAAUUGAAAAUAACCAACCAGUUUCUAAAUCAACCAAAAAUUUUACUCGUAAAUAUUCUAAUGGAGUAAAAUAUGAUAGAGUUUAUGAAAGAAUUAAUCAUAACACAAAUACAUUAACAAUAAGUUGGGAAUGUUUUGGACCAAAUAACGAACCAAUUAAAGCUUAUUGUGGAUUUUAUAAUUAUUACGUAGCUAUUCAUAAAUGCUAACCUUAUUGUUUAUAAUGUUCAAAUGAAACGACAUGUUUAUAAUGGAAUAGUGACUAUGAUGAAAAUAUUGUUAAAUUCUCAUAAGAAGAGUGUUUAAUUAACUAAUAUCAUGAUAAAGAUUCUUAUAGAUGUUUUGAUUGUCCAAUAUCUUGUUUAACAUGUACAUCUAAAAUUGAUUGUUAAAAAUGUUAAUCUACUUAUACAUAAACUAUAUUAGGAUGUGUUUGUAAAUAGAAUCAAUAUGAAGAUUCAAAUCAAUGUUUAGACUGCCCAAUUGAAUGUAAUUAAUGUUAAAGUUCAAACAACUGUAUAGAGUGUUUAAUUACAAAUAAUAGAUACCUAAAAAAUUAAUAGUGUAUAUGUAUUGAUGGAUACUAUUCAAUUUUAUCUAAUCCUUAAUGUAAAAAAUGUCAUUAAUUUUGUAAAACUUGCAGUGGACCUACUUCUGAUGAUUGUUUGACUUGCAAUAAUAUUAUUAAUAUUGAAUAUGUUGAAACAACAUGCAAAUGCCCAAUAGGAUUGUUUUAUUAAGCAGCUACAAAUUCAUGCUCUUAGUGUCAUUCAUCAUGUUAACCUGCUUUAAAGGAACAUUAGAAAGUUGUUAAACUUGUGAUGCUUCUUUGAAUAGAAUUUUAAAAGGGUUAAAAUGUGUAUGUGUACCUGGUUAUUAUGAACUAAAUAGCAUAUGUACAAGUAUUUAGAUAAUAAUUAAUUUUAGACUGUCCAAAUACAGAAAAUAUUUUAUUAACUUCUUGUUAUAAAUUUUGUACUAAUCAUUAUAUAUGGCACACAAAUGAAUGUAAUUCUUGUGAUCCUGGAUUUCAUUUAAUUUCUGGAGAAUGUUUACCUAUUUGUGGUGAUUUAUAAAUAUUAGGAUAUGAAUAAUGCGAAGAUAAUAAUAAUAUUUUAGACGAUUUAUGUUAUAAUUGUUAAUAUUAAUGUCCAGCUUAUUGUUUAACUUGUGAUGAAUCAACUACUUUACCUUGUCCUGAUAUUUGUGGAGAUGGAAUGAUUACUGGAAUUGAAUAAUGUGAAGAUGGGAAUAUUAUUUAAUAUGAUGGAUGCUUUGAUUGUUAAUAUGAAUGUUAAUCUUAAUGUACAAAAUGUAUUAAAGGUGAGUGUUUUGAAUGUAAUACUGGUGGAUGGUAUACUGAUUUAACAGUUCAACCUUGGUUAUGUAAAGAGUAAUGUGGAGAUCAAGUAGUAGUUGGAUAGGAAUAAUGCGAUGAUGGUAAUCAAGUUGAUACAGAUGGAUGCAAAGAUUGCAAAUAUUUUUGUAGAAUUGGAUGUUCUUCUUGUGAUUAUACUAUUGGUAAAUGUUUAACUUGUGAAUUACCUGGAUUUGUUCCAGAAAAGUAUUAUUGCAAAAAUAAUUGUGGAGAUGGGUUAGUUGUAACUGAUCCUUCUGGGAUAUAUUCUGAACAAUGUGAUGAUAGAAAUAAAAUUGAUGAUGAUGGAUGUAAUAACAGUUGCCAAUUUUAAUGUCAAUCACCAUCGAUAUGCAAGAGUUGUAUAAAUAAUAGAUGUGAAGUAUGUGCCACUGGAUAUUUACUAUAUGAUACUAAAAUAUGUCAUUCAAUAUGCGGAGAUUCUAUAAAACUCCCUAAUGAAUAAUGCGAGGAUGGUAAGAUAUUACCAUAUAAGGGGUGUAGAAUUGCAAAGCAAAAUGUUAAUCCUCCUGUAUUACUUGUGAUAAUACUGGACUUGGUUGUUUGGCUUGUAAAGUUGGUUAUAAAAGAAUUGAUAAUUUUUGUUAUUCAAUUUGUGGAGAUAAAAUUGUAACAGAGGAUGAAGAAUGUGAUGAUGGCAAUUUAAUUUUUGGGGAUGGUUGUCAUUAAUGUUAUUUUAGCUGCCCUUGCUAAAUGUGUAUAGAUAGAAUUUGUGUAGAUUGUCCUGAAGAUCAUUUUUUAUAUAAGAGUUAAUGUCUUAACUUAAAAGAAAACAUUAAUUUAAUUGAAACUCCUAUUUUUUUAUUUUCCAAUUUAAGCAUAACUUAAACUUUCAAGGCUUAAUCUGCUUAAAUUAGUAAAAUUCAAUUAAAAAUAAAGAUUGGUGAGCUUUUAGAAAAAAUAAUUAAUCGAAUUGGUCAAAAUAUAGAAAUUAUUUAUGAAUAUUUUCCUUAUGUAAAAAUAGAAAUUAAUUUGA